GGGGCCAGGGAAGCCAGCGGAACGCAGGUGUGCGAGGGCGGGGAGCCGGUCGAGCCUGGCCAUCGAGGACUGUACGGCCGCGGGGGAUCGGUUUGGCGGCGACACUGAACUGCUCGGAGGCCGCCGCAAUGCUCCCGUCUUUGCAGGAAUCGCUGGAUGGGGAUGAAAAGGAACUAGAGAGCAGCGAGGAGGGCGGCCCUGCAGAGGAGCGGAAACUCGAGCAGCCGCCCAGCAGCCACUACUGUCUCUACAGCUACCGCGGAAGCAGAUUGGCACAGCAACGUGGGGACAGUGAUGAUGGAAGCCCAAGUGGCACAAAUUUGGAAACUCCCUCUGGUGAUGAUUUCAGCCUCUCCUUGGUGGAUACUAAUUUACCAUCUGAAGUGGAGCCAGAGCUGCGUAGUUUCAUUGCUAAGCGUCUUUCGAAAGGAGCCAUCUUUGAAGGGCUGGGUAAUGUUGCAUCUGUAGAGCUGAGAAUUCCAGGUUAUCGAGUUGGUUGUUAUUAUUGUCUUUUCCAACAAGGAAAACUGCUUCCUGAAACAGCAACAGUGGGCUCUGAAUAUAACCCUACAGAGUAUGUGGUCUGUUUUUUAGGAGGUUCUGAAAAAGGCCUUGAGCUUUUCAGGCUUGAACUGGACAAGUACAUUCAAGGGCUAAAAAAUAACAUGAACUGUGAGGAAGGGGGCCUGGAAAACCAUACCAAGGCUUAUCUGAACAGCUGGUUUGAGGAUGUUGUUUGCCCAAUCCAAAGGGUUGUUCUUCUUUUUCAGGAGAAACUUACUUUUCUGCUACAUGCGGCUUUGAGUUAUACUCCUGUUGAGGUUAAAGAAUCAGAUGAAAAAACAAAGAGAGACAUUAACAGGUUUCUGAGUGUGGCCAGUCUUCAGGGACUAAUUCAUGAAGGCACCAUGACAUCUUUGUGCAUGGCCAUGACAGAAGAGCAGCAUAAGUCUGUAGUCAUCGAUUGCAGUGGCUCCCAGCCUCAGUUCUCCAAUGCAGGAAGCAACCGGUUUUGCGAGGAUUGGAUGCAGGCUUUCUUAAAUGGUGCUGAAGGGGGUAACCCUUUUCUUUUCCGACAAGUACUGGAGAACUUUAAAUUAAAGGCCAUACAAGACACAAACAAUUUGAAGAGAUUUAUCCGACAGGCAGAAAUGAAUCAUUAUGCUUUGUUUAAAUGUUACAUGUUCCUAAAGAACUGUGGUAGUGGAGAUAUCCUUUUGAAGAUUGUUAAAGUGGAACACGAAGAAAUGCCUGAAGCCAAAAAUGUGGUAGCUGUCCUUGAAGAAUUCAUGAAAGAAGCUCUUGCCCAAGGUUUUUGAUCAUGUUUGAGACAACUACUUCGUGAAGUUGUAUAUUCAAGCCUUGGCGUUUGAAAUUGCAGUUGUUAAUAAUUGUUCAUAGGAUUACUGUUUAGGAUUAUUUGAAUUAUACCAGAUUGUUUUUUCUUUUUGUAUUUAAAAAUUUUAACUUAAUUAAACAUAAAAAUCUGAGGAA